AUGGCUUCCCUUCAGCGCUCGACCGUCAUCACCGAGUUCGUCCCCGACGCCGCCGCAUCAAGCGCACCCGGCGGCGACGACGGCGAUGACUCCGACGACCUGGCGCAACGCCCCUCCCCCAGGAAGCUGAAGCGCGCCAACUUGUCGGCGGCUCACUGCCUCGGAGAUGUGCAGCGCAUGCGCGUUGAGGCCCAACUGCGAGGCACCACCGCCACCUCCCACAAUCAGCUCGCCCUCCACGACUCCGUCGCGACUCCGGGACGCGGCCUGAGCGCCGGCAAUGCGACCCUCGUCGCGGCUCUGCGCAACACCGUUCAGGGUGCAGUCAACGAUGCUGCCCGUGCCGUCAACGAGCGAGUCGGCCGCUUUGAGCAUCGACAGCGCCAGCAUCAUGGCUCCUUGAAGGGCUUGUUCAGCAUGAUGAACAAUGCCACCACGGCUCAGCUCCGGCUCUUCGGCCGCCUCGACAACGUGGAACAGCUCGCCCUUCCCAGUGUCCGAUGCUGGCCUCCGACGCAUACCACACCCCUUCGCACCGUGACCGCCUUCCCGGUCGCACUCCGUCGAGCCGGCCCCCGAGUCGAGGCGGAGCCAUACGACUUUUGGCGAGAUUUUGGGUCCUUGCGCUGA